AUGGUCAAAGAAAGUAACAAGGUCAGUGAAAGGAACAAGGUCAAAGAAAAGAACAAGGUCAAAGAAAGGAACAAGGUCAAUGAAAGGAACAAGGUCAAUGAAAGGAACAAGGUCAAAGAAAAGAACAAGGUCAAUGAAAGAAACAAGGUCAAAGAAAGGAACAAGGUCAAAGUAAGGAACAAGUUCAGUGAAAGGAACAAGGUCAAAAUAAGGAACAAGGUCAGUGAAAGGAACAAGGUCAGUAAAAGGAACAAGGUCAAAGAAAGCAACAAGGUCAAAGAAAGGAACAAGUUCAGUAAAAGGAACAAGGUCAUAGAAAGGAACAAGGUCAAAGAAAGGAACAAGGUCAGUGAAAGGAACAAGGUCAUAGAAAGGAAUAAGGUCAAAGAAAGGAACAAGGUCAGUGAAAGGAACAAGGUCAGUGAAAGGAACAAGGUCAACGAAAGGAUCAAGGUCAAUGAAAGGAACAACGUCAGUGAAAGGAACAAGGUCAGUAAAAGGACCUGA